CAACCAUUGGGACUGACAGUGCACGCAAUAUGAUUGCUGCGGCUCGUAUUCUACCAUACGAGCAUAUGCCCUGUAUCGCGCACGUCAUACAGAGAAGCAUCACUGUGAGUCUCGCUGACAGCGGAUUUGUUCCUGCAUUAGCCAAGUGUCGCAAGAUUGUGGGACAUUUUAAACACAGCCCGGCAAACUUAACGGAGCUGAAUGCAGAGCAGGUGAAACUCGGACAGCAGCAGGAGCCACUGAUCCAAGACGUUCCAACGCGGUGGAAUUCCACACUUGAAAUGGUCAAACGCAUCAUCCCCAAUCAAGCAGCAAUAAAAGCAACCCUGGAUCAACAGCAGCAUAAUCUCGUCAUGCUGACGCCAGCAGAAUGGGAUAAACUCCAGAGACUGGAGACCCUUCUAGAGCCCUGCCGGUAUGUGACUCAGAUCCUGGGUGGGGAGGCCUACGUCUCCUGCUCAGUGGUACUACCUGCCCUCUGCCACUUACACCGUGUAAUGGAAACUUCUGAUGAGGACCCUGCAUACAUGAUUAGAUUUAAGACCAAAUUCAAAGACGACCUAGGCUCCCGCCAAGAACACACCAACAAUGCAUGGCUCAAGAUUGCAACCGCACUGGACCCACGUUUUAAGGACUUGAAAAGUGUGCCCAAGGCAGACAGAGAGGAGGUGUGGACCAAACUUGGAGGCCUUCUGCGUGAAUCACCUGGAAGACCUUCACACACUACUGAAGAUGGGCCACCCAAGAAGAAAAUGAACCUUCUUCUACAGCUGGGCUCAGAUUCAGAAUCAGAUGAAGAGGUACAGCCUGACAGAGCCUUACACAGGUACAGAGCAGAGCCCACCAUUGAAAUGACGGACUGUCCCUUGCAGUGGUGGUCAUCUCAUGCAGGAGCCCAUGACAAGCUGGCUCCGUUGGCUCGGAAAUAUCUAGCCACUCCUGCAUCCUCAGUUCCCUGUGAAAGACUCUUCUCACUUGCCGGUCACAUUGUGCAAAAGAAGCGGUCAGCUUUACUCUCAGAAAAUGUGGACAAAUUGGUUUGCCUCAGUAACUGGCUAAAGGAUGAAUAGAGAAGCGGGCCACAUGUAAUUGUGUAGGCCAUGUUCUUUUGGUUUGAUAAAAAAGAGAAAUCUCUUUGUUUUUCCUUUGUUGAAGAGAAAUGGCCAAGAUGGCUAGUGUGUUACAGAAGGAGACACCAUCCUAUUUUGUUUUACUAUUUCAGUUUCAUUUAAAUAAGAG